UUCAGAGUGCGAGAGAUUGUGACCCGACCUGCUUCAAUGGCGAUAGAGGAAGCUGUUUGGCCUGAAUCAAUCAGCUCGAAUUAUUAACGACUGAUUAUUAUUGCUGAUAAUAUUAAUGUAGCACUGGAGUCUCAAUAAGUCGGAGAGCCGUGUUCAUGAAGUUCCUGUGGACAUGAAGACCAACUGUUUUGUGUAGCUGUCAACAUGAAGAAAACGCUCGGAGGAAAUUACUUGAAACAUCCGUUAAAUUUUCAGGCAAAGCUGAGUGAGACCUAGGCCACCUUGCUGAUGAAGAGCCACGAUAUCGGAGACACUCAACAGGUUGCGCAUUUGAAGACUUGCCUCUUUUUUUUAUUUUGGAGUUUCUUUCUGAAUAGGAACUGGCUUCAUUGUGAGAUCUGAGUAAUUCUGUUCCUCCAGAGGAAGUGGCAAACAGUGAACCAUGACAUAUUUUGAACGUUUUCCCGUGCGUUUACCAGAAUGGAGUGUAGGUCUCAGGAAAAUCAGAUUUGUAUUCUUGAGUCCUCCCAAUUCAAUUAAGGUGUGUCAAGAUUUUCAGGUGGAGGAAAACCUGACCCCUCUUUUCCUUGGUGCUGAUGUUGUUGCAAAAACUGGCAUCCGCAGUGAAAAUCAUCCAAGAAUUCAUGCAAAAUUUGCAAAGAAAGGAUUGGCAACUAAGCUCAGCUUUAGUUCAGAAUUUCGAUUUGAAGGACUGAAGAUACCAACUGUUGUGAACAAUUUGUGGUUUUAUAGCAUUCAGGGACUGUUUCGAGUUGCUUUCGAGAUGUACACUAAAGAGCAACAGUUAGAAGUCCUUGUUGUACUUCAGGAUUUGUGGAAAGCAAGAAUAAAUGACCCCAUUCUGAAUGAAAAAUAUGAUGUUAAGAUUCUGCAAAACUUCCCUAAAGAAGAACUGCUUGAAAAUUGCAUUUCUGAAAUGAAGAACCACAAAAGUUUCAAUGUAUUACAUUCAAGCAUUCAAGGUGCUAAUUUGGUACCUGAUAUUAAUGUAUAUCAGGAAGCUGCUUCACCCUUCGAUCCUACUUGCAACAGUAUUUUUAAUCAGGAUGACCAUAACUAUUGUGUACAAGAGGAAAGAAUUUUACAACAAACUGAAGAACUUUGUGCAGAUAACUCAUCAUAUGUGGAAGUUUUGGGUUAUGAUUCUUUAUCUAUCAAGUUUAGGUCAGUUUAUCAGGCUUUUAAAAUGUUACCAUUGCAAAUACAAAAGGAACACAAGAAAGCAAUUACACUGUUACUUGAUUUUGUAGAACUCCUAAUAAGUGAAAACAUAUCUGCACAGAAGUUGGCUGAUAUGAUGCUGCAACUUCUGACUCAUCUUCAAGAUUUCAUUAUCAAAACAGAAACCACUGAAACAGGGGUUAAUUCUAUUUAUUGUAGUCACAUGCUUUAUACUGUAAGUAAUUGGUUGGGUCAUCAGUUUUAUUCUGCGAAUGCCUCUAUCAGCAGACAAGUAGAAGAGUUUAAAACAACUCACAUCGACAGAAUCACAGACUUACCACCUGCUGAGGAAUUGGUAGACAAACUAUUUCCUGAAGCAAUGAAGGUUUUGCUAUUAAGCUGGAUGGGGCUUGAUGAUAAUUCUGCCUUGUGGAAACGUCAAAGUGAAUAUCCUAUAGUGCUGCUUAUAUUAGAGUUUGCCAAUCAUAAUCUAAUCACUGGUGUAGCUCAUGUUUUGUAUUCUAGUUUGAUAUGUAAAUAAGUUUUUAGGUCGGUGUUUGGAUUGUAUUUAAACUAGAUGUCACUGCUUCAAUUUAGGUAUCUUUUGAAGAAGUUGAAUAAUCUUGAACAGUAAAAAGUCAUUUUAGAAGUUUACACAGACAUUUGGAGAUGUUAUUUCAUUAAAAUUUAAUUACCA